AUGUCCGUUUCGUUAUUACAACCUUUUUUUUUGAUGUCAAAGACCAGAAGCUACGCGAAAAUUCUCAUUGGAUCUCGGUUGUUCUUAACAGCGAUGGCUAUUUAUUUAAGUCUUCGGGUAGCACCACUAGAUCUUCAACAAGGUGGAAAUUCUCGUAUUCCGUAUGUACAUGUUCCUGCGGCUCGGAUGAGUAUUCUUGUUUAUAUCGCUACGGCUAUAAACACUUUCUUGUUCUUAUUAACAAAGCAUCCUCUUUUUCUUCGCUCUUCCGGAACCAGUAUAGAAAUUGGUGCUUUUUUUACGUUGUUUACCUUAGUUACUGGGGGGUUUCGGGGAAGACCUAUGUGGGGCACCUUUUGGGUGUGGGAUGCUCGUUUAACCUCAGUAUUCAUCUCGUUCCUUAUUUACCUGGGUGCACUGCGUUUUCAAAAGCUUCCUGUCGAACCGGCUUCUAUUUCAAUCUGUGUUGGACCGAUCGAUAUACCAAUAAUCAAGUCUUCAGUCAACUGGUGGAAUACAUCGCAUCAACCUGGGAGCAUUAGCCGAUCUGGUACAUCAAUACAUGUUCCUAUGCCCAUUCCAAUCUUGUCUAACUUUGCAAACUUCCCCUUCUCAACUUGUAUCUUGUUUGUUCUGGAAACACGUCUUCCUAUUCCAUCUUUUCUCGAAUCCCCUUUAACGGAAGAAAUAGAAGCUCGAGAAGGAAUACCAAAACCUAGUUCACUCGCUGAGUCUUUUUGCAUCCAUGGCUGA